UGUUCCCCGCGGGCCGCGGCGACAUUGUGCGGGCUGGGCGGCCGGGCCGCGGCGCGAUGGGCCCGGGGCAGCCGCCUCGGUAGCUCGGCCGGAGCGGCGCCGGGAGCUGGCGGGCGGCGGGCGCGGAGGCGGCGGCGCUGCCGGAGAUGCGCCCCGAGGAGGGCGGCGCGGCCGGGCUGGGCGAGCUGCGCUCGUGGUGGGAAGUGCCGGCCAUCGCGCACUUCUGCUCGCUCUUCCGCACGGCGUUCAGCCUGCCGGACUUCGAGAUUGAGGAGUUAGAAGCAGCUCUUCACAGAGAUGACGUGGAGUUUAUCAGUGACCUGAUCGCCUGCCUACUUCAGGGCUGCUAUCAGCGAAGGGAUAUCACGCCUCAGACCUUCCACAGCUACCUGGAGGACAUCAUCAGCUACCGCUGGGAGCUGGAAGAAGGGAAGCCUAACCCCCUGAGGGAAGCCAGCUUCCAGGACCUGCCCCUUCGCACCCGUGUGGAAAUCCUCCACCGCCUCUGUGACUACCGGCUGGACGCAGACGAUGUCUUCGAUCUCCUCAAGGGCCUGGAUGCAGACAGUCUCCGUGUGGAACCGCUGGGUGAGGACAACUCCGGGGCCCUCUACUGGUAUUUCUAUGGGACGCGAAUGUACAAGGAGGACCCAGUGCAAGGAAAAUCCAACGGAGAGCUCUCUCUGAGCAGGGAAACUGAAGGACAAAAAAAUGUCUCAAGUGUUCCUGGGAAAACAGGGAAAAGAAGAGGAAGACCCCCAAAACGGAAAAAACUGCAGGAGGAAACUCUAGUGAGUGAAAAGCAGGAAGAAAACUCCUUAGCAUCUGAGCCGCAGACAAGAAAUGGGUCCCAGGGGCCAGGCCAAGGCUCCUGGUGGCUCCUGUGCCAGACAGAAGACGAGUGGAGACAGGUCACCGAGAGUUUCCGGGAGAGGACCUCCCUGCGAGAGCGGCAGCUCUACAAGCUCCUCAGCGAGGACUUCCUGCCCGAGAUCUGCAGCAUGAUUGCCCAGAAGGAGACCCCUGUGCUCGGCAGGAUAGAGAAACAGAAGCGCAGGGCGGAGGAGGAGGAGCGCCAGAUCCUCCUGGCGGUGCAGAAGAAGGAGCAGGAGCAGCUGCUGAAGGAGGAGAGGAAACGGGAGCUGGAGGAAAGGGUCAAGGCCGUGGAAGAACAGACGUCUGCCCCUCUGGAGCCCGACGCACCUGUGCUUUGUGUUCACGCAGAUCGCGCCAAGAGAAGGAAGCUCAGGGAAGAGAGGGCCUGGCUGCUGGCUCAGGGCAAGGCGCUCCCCCCCGAGUUGUCCCACUUGGACCCUCCCUCCCCUCCGCGGGAAGAGAAGAGGACGAGAGACCCCUUUGAGCUGGACGACGAUUUCACUGCCAUGUACAAAGUUCUGGACGUGGUGAAGGCUCACAAGGAUUCCUGGCCCUUUUUGGAACCAGUGGAUGAAUCGUAUGCCCCUAACUAUUACCAGAUUAUCAAGGUCCCCAUGGAUAUUUCAAGCAUGGAGAAGAAACUGAAUGGAGGUUUAUACUGUUCCAAGGAGGAGUUUGUGAAUGACAUGAAGACUAUGUUCAGGAACUGUCGAAAAUAUAACGGGGAAAGUAGCGAGUACACCAAGAUGUCGGACAACCUGGAGAGGUGCUUCCACCGCGCAAUGCUGAAGCAUUUUCCUGGUGAGGAUGGGGACACGGACGAAGAAUUCUGGGUCAGAGAGGAGGAGAAGCGGGAGAAGAGGCGUGGUCGGGCUGCACGCAGCCACGUGUGCACCCGCUCCCGGGACUCGGAGGCGCCUGGCCGGAAGCAGCAGCCUGCGGAGAACGGGGGGAAGUCGCUGCCCCCUGGGCGCCGCGCUGCAUCCUCUGCGGCCGGUGAGAGCCGCGGCUCUGCGCAGCCCCCUGGCGAGGUGGGCAUCCCGAGCAGCUGCAGCCUCCCUGGACCCCUGCAUUACGGUGGACCCAGCCAGGCGCCCCUCGCAAGCCAGCUGCAGGACAUUCGUCUUCCGGAUGCGAAGGGUGUGCCUCUUCUCUUCUUCUUCUUGCCUUUGCUCCGUGCCCUCCAGAGGCCAGCAGGACAGGGAACGUUUUGUCCUCUCCGAGGGUCGGAUCCUGCCACCAUCCGUGUCUCCUCUGGAGCCCCAGAGCCGCACCCCGGCGGGCCUGGACAGCAUCCCCAGCCUUUAGCAGUGCAGCCUCCAGCUGGAAUUAACCAUCACCGAGGCCCCCCUGACGAGAAGCCGGUGUGCGGGGGCCUAGCGCCCCUUGCUGACAUGGGAUCGCGUCCUGGACCCUCGCUGCUCGGGCAGAUGAGCAGCCCCAGCCAGGAGGGGACUAUGUAUCCUCCAGCUCAUUUCCAGCCAGGCUUUAUCCCUCCCAGGCACGGUGGGGCUCCGGCCCGACCCCCAGCCUUUCCUGAGAGUUCAGAAAUCCCUCCCAGCCACAUGUACCGAUCCUACAAGUACCUGAGUCGAGUACACUCUGCAGUCUGGAAUGGGAAUCACGGUGCUACAAAUCCAGGACCCUUGGGGCCAGAUGAGAAGCCCCCCAUGGUGCCAGGACCCUCUCACCAGCCUCGCACUCUGGGUCACAUGAUAGAUUCCCGAGUGAUGAGAGCACCCCUCCCCCCAAACCAGUGGCCAGAACAAUCAGGCUUCCUACCUCACGGAGUUCCUUCUUCGGGGUACAUGCGACCACCCUGUAAACCUGGUGGACAUCGGUUCCAGCCCCCUCCAGCACCAACGCAAGGUUCUCUCUUUGGAGCACCGGCCCAGGCCCUGCGGGGAAUGCAGGGCGGGGACUCCAUGCUGGACAGCCCAGAGAUGCUCGCCAUGCAGCAGCUCUCCUCGCGGGGGUGCCCGGCAGGCAUGCCUUACCGCCCCCGCCAACCCGUGCCGCCCCCUGCGCCUGGCCCUUUCCCCCCAGUGGGCGUGGCGGCCCCCAAGCCUGCCUCGGGGGACCCUGGGCGGACACAGGACAGCAGGGAAACACUGGAGCCUGAGAACGGCCGAGCAGAUCCCUUGCCUGGGCUCGAGGAGAAACCAGCCAGUGUUGGUGCUUUGGAGGGGGCGUUCCUCAAGCAGCUACCUCACCCCGCGCCCCCACUGCAGGCCGACUGUGCCAGGCGGAGCUCGCCCCAGGGAAGGGAUUCGGAUGGCCCAGAGCUCAGGCGCGAGUCCUCGGAGCCUGGAGACAGCUGCCCAGUGAGCGCGGGCAGGGGCGCCUGGCUCUCGGGGAGCGGCUUCGCAGGCCCAGCCGCCCAGGGGUGUGCCCUAGCUGACCCGGGGGCACUGCCUGAAAACGGACUGAGGGUGGAAGCCUCCCCGUGUGGGUCCGAGGGCAAGGGCAGAGCGCCACCAGAGGCCAUGCCACCCGCCGAGCCCACGUGCGCCCCCCUGUAUGCGCCUGGCCUGGAGUACCCCAGCUCCACUGCACGGUACCACGUCGGCCCAGGCCUGCAGGCUGUGGGCCCCGUGAUGGGGGGCAAGCCCUCAGCCCCGCACCCUCAGCCUUUUCCCCCUCGGGCGUUUCCGUCCCACGACCCUCAUUCUGGAGUCUUCCCCCGGUACCGCCCCCACCAGGGAAUGAGGUACCCCUACCAGCCGCCACCUCAGCCUUCCUACCAUCACUACCCGCGGACUCCUUAUUACUCGUGUCCACAGGGCUUUUCAGACUGGCAGAGACACCUCCCUGCCCCGGGAAGCCCGAGCGGGCCCCCGCCGGCUCAGCCUGCCCCUGCCAGGCCCCUCUUCCUCGAUAAGAGCGUUGGGGCUGGGCUGCAGGGCUGCGAGGCACUGAGCGCUGCCUUAACUUCCCCCGCGCGGGUGGACACCGUGGUCGCCAAGACAGCUGAUGGGCAGAAUCCCGGCCCAGAGGAGAAGCAGGAUGAGUCUAUGGAGAGGCCAGAGAGUCCCAAAGAAUUUUUAGAUCUGGACAACCACAAUGCAGCUACCAAGCGGCAGAGUUCGCUGUCAGCCAGCGAGUAUCUCUACGGAACGCCCCCUGCACCGCUGAGCUCGGGGGUGGGCUUCGGUUCGUCUGCUUGCCCCCCGCACGGGGUGAUGCUGCACGCGGGGCCUCCUUACCCGCCGCAGCGGCCGGCCGGGCAUUUCCAGCCCAGGGCUUACUCCUCCCCCACGGCUGCUCACCCACCUCACCGCCCAGUGGUGGCCCAGCCCAAUGGCCUGUCCCCCGAGUGCCCCCUCUACCGCUAUCCAGAAGAGGGCCUGGGCCACUUCCAGGCUGUGAUGAUGGAACAGAUGGGCCCUGGAAGUGGGGUGAGGGUGCCUUUCCAGGAGAUGUACAGACCGUCCGGACUGCAGAUGCACCCGGCCCAGUCCCGGCCCUCGUUCCCAAAGACGCCGGCACCAGCAGCGCCACAGGAGGGGCUGCCACCACAUAAGCCCCCAACACUUCCUCUCGAUCAGAGCUAGUCCAAGGAGGAAACAAGCCCCAGGGAAACAGAAAGCUGCAUAUGACGAGGGUGGAGAAUGGGGAGGAGGGGGGCGCAGCCCCACCCACCUCUCCCGUCAUUGGCAUCACUUCGUGCGUCCCAGAGCCUGGAUGCCCCUCCUCACCGACGCACCUGCUCGCGAGGUCCUGGGCGAGAGUGGAGACCAGAUGGGCUGGACUCUGGUGGCUUUUCCAGACCCUGAGACUCUUGUUCAGGGAAGAUCAUCCUGACCUGGGGGGGCGGUGCUGGUGGGCUGUCAUGGCAGCUGCACUCAGGUAUACGUUUGGGGAAGGGACUACUCGUGUUGGAUGUGUUUGGAGCUGGGUCCAGUUUACAGAGUUUUCAUGUUGCCUUUAAGAUGAUUUCUGUCGUUGGUGGUGAAUGUAUUGUACAUAAAGCCUGCAGGGCGGGUGGUGGGGAUGGAGUCUGGCUGGUGGGCCUGCAGCCCUGCUGACCCUCCUCUGUUUACAGCCCUGACCCACUCACAUUUGGGAGCUGGAGGAGAGGGCAGGCAAGGCCGCCGUGUUUCCUCUAACGGGCUCUUCCUGUCAGCAUGAGGGGCAGCCCCCUGGCUUGGCGCCCAGGUCCUGAUCCAACACAGCGGCGCCCCUCCUGGUUGGCCAGCUGCCCCGCCAGGUAGUUGUGAACCAGUAUCAGGCAUUUGCUCGUUAGAAGGUGAGGUGACCUGUCCCCAUCACAGGCCUGCCGGGACUGUGGUCUAGAAGACGCCACAAGCUUCCUGGCACGAAUCCCAGUUUGUGGCAGUGACUACUCAGGUUUGUAUAUGUUUAGUAUCAAUAAAGAAGCUGCACAGUUUUUAAUAGGAAAAUGUAUUCCAUAGAUUUACAGCUUGAAUUUAGGAAUAUUUCAGUAUAUAUAGUUUUUAUUCAUUUUAUGUGAAUCAUAGUAAAAUAAGUCAUGGUGAUUUAAAAUAGCUAUCAAGAGCAAGUUCUUGAAAUCACUUGUUUGUCUGUGAUAGGAAACAGUUUUACAGUAUUAAGUUACUUUAUUACAGUUUUAGAAGCCAACGACACUGGAUUCUCCCUGUUUAGCAUUCUUUGAUUUUAGCUGAGAUGCCACCAAAGUUAGGACUCACACGUUUUAAACUUUCGAAUAUCCCACAAAGGAAAAAAGAAAAAAAAAACAACUAAGGAAGAUGCCCUCAAGGUAACAGGUUUCUGUAAAGAAUAGUGUAUUUUUCAAGCAUGCCUUUGGGUUAGUAGAAAAGCUUCCAUAAAACAUUGAUUGGUUGAUUUGCACUUGUUUCUUAUAAAUUCAGCUGUGUGAGAGGCCGGGAAAACCUUGCCUCCAGUCCUAGCGUCCUUGAUGAAGCUGGAAUAAACCUGCGCUUUCAGUAGGAAAAGAAACAAGUUGGAAACAUCCCUGUUGUCCACGUGGAACCCAGGCACCAGCUCCAAACACGUGGAUGCUGACCUGCGGGGCGCACGAGGCUUGGGCAGGUUGAGCCCUGGGAACGCGGACGCCUCCCAGACACGCUGCACAGAAACACGAAUUUUUCCUUACCAGACUAAAAUUUGGCGUGCUUUUAGAUGGAGUGAGUUUGGGGGCUGUGUUCUCAUUGGAUCCUGGUUCUUGUUAGAACCCUGUCACGGGCGUGAUGUGGUUCAGGGUGGGGAGGUCAGCGUCGCCCCUUGGGAAGGAUGGGGUAGGGUUGCGGGCAGGUCCAGGUUGGCCCCCGAGCUGUGAAGGACCGUGCCCAGGACACUGUGCUUCCCCGCGUGUCUGUGCGCCAGCUGGGAGGGGAGACCACAGCUUUGUGUAGCUGGUCUGGGCCCAGAGCCUUCUCCCCGCCGGCCUUGAAGCUGCUUUGGGUGCGAGGCUGUGGGCACCCCUGCCUUGAGCCGAACCAGCCCGGGGCAGGGCCAGGAGGGACCACAGCGAUUCCGCCCUCUCCUUCCGCCUGGGGGCCUCGCAGCCUCGGGUCGCUCUGCUCCCCCCGCCGCAGCCCCUCCCCCAUCACCCGCUGCCCCAAGAGCUGUGGACAGGACAGGAGCCUCCCUUCUGGGUGAGUGGACACUGAGGGGGUGUGGAGGGAGUGGAGCCCCACGUGGAUACUGUGGUGAGCUGGCUGUGUCCCUUGGCCGGUAGGGCCGUCCCCGGCCGGGCCCCUGCGCUCCUCCCAGCUGGAACGUGGCUUGGGAGGAGGUCCCAGAGGGACCUUCCCCUGGGGCUACUGUCAGGGGCCAGGAGGACUUCACGUCCACCGCUGACCUUGGUUAGAAACUAUCUCCCCAGGACCCAGGGAAAUAAAAGAUCCAGAGAGAAAAGUAGAGCCUUUGGGGAGGUGUCUGGCCUGGGGUUUUUUCCCCUCAGAGUCUGUCCAUUUAAAAUUAGCUCUUGGCUAAAAUUUAUUACAGUAAAAACAUAAGACUAAGUAAGGACAGACACACAGGAUCCUGUUGGUAACACUUUUCUCAUCCCACCUUUUAAAAGUGGAACUAAAGCUGCUGCACCGUCUCCCUUGCAGGGGGUGGGGGUGGGGGACACACUGGCCUGUUGUCAGCAGGACGCCCUACCUGGGGUCCCGGGGGCCUCUGAACAGGAAAACUUACAUGUUGCUUGAAAGCCUUUGGCCCUCAGCCAGCCUGGCCCACAGAGCCUGGCAGCGUUCUCGUGACUGGGCUGAGACUGACUGGGCGUGAGAGGUCUGGGCUGAGACGAGACUGGGCGUCCAGGUCUCUGUCGCGCGGGUUAUCUGCUGGGUCAUCACUUGUCUUAGUUCCUGCCGGUCCGGGAGUGGGCUGCGUGCUGUCCAGGACAGCCAGCGUCACCUGGGCUGAGCUUUUUUCUCACUUUUUAAAGGAAGUUCCUAUCUACAGCUACACACUGCUCUCAAGUCCUGGUUUGAAAUUUCCCCUGAAACCCUAACCCAAUCGCCCCGAGGCAGGGACCGUCACAGAACAGCGGCAUCCAGGGCGUUCAGAGUCCAGCGGAAGGACUGGGAUGCCCACCUCAGAAAUCGGGUCGUGUGGGAGUUGGGGCGUCGGGCCGCGGCUGCUGGGGUGCGGGGUCCCCAGCCAGGGGCUGAGCCCGUGACUGGACUCUGCUGGGACACGGGCCUUCCGUGCCCUGCGUCCUCUCGCGUGAGGCUGGCCGCUCUUCAUCCCCACUGCUUUGUAGGCCCUUGCCGAGCAGUCCGUCCGCGGGCUGCCUGCACACUGGUCUCUCCCUCGUUCUGCCCUGGGGGCUGAUGUAGAAACGCCUCAAACCAGCUAGCUGACCUGUGGUUUUGAAAAGGGUAGGUGGGUUCGGGAGUGAGUUACUGAACGCUGCCCUCCCAGCUGGGGCUCGUGCCCGGCUCCCCUGCUGCAGAAGCCCGUGGGCUUUCCUGGCCAGUACUGGAAAGGGGAAUGCUAUUUAUUUUUAUAUUGUGUAUAUUUUGUCUGGUCUGCUGAUUCCCUGUUUCACUGAGAGCCACACUUACCUCAAUAGUCAGUUCUAUACUGUGUGUUGGAUAAUUUUUUAAAAGAACUUUUUCAAAAGCUUUUUGAUCCUUGGAGGUCUGUAGAUUUAUUUCCAUAUGAACUGGUUAUUUUGUAUAAAGUACAUUCUUAAAAUAGCAAGGUGAUACGUGUGAGUUGUGUGUGUCCUGUGUCACUUUCAUCAUGGGGCAAACUCCCAUCAGGACAGAGGUUUGAAUUAGGCCCCAGGGCCGUCACCUAAAAAGGCAGCCCCAUCUCAGCCCACAUGGUCCCCGCGGGCCACGCACUGGGCGGGGACGGGGUGGGGACGGGGUGGGCCCCGCACCGGUGACGGGGACUCUGCAGAGAAGCUGAGCAGUAACAAGCUGGCUGGUGGGUCCAGGCGGUGUCUGGGGAUCACACACUCUUCCCCACCAGGCCUGUGGGCCCCACCUUCUGCGCCCAGCCCAGGGCCAUCCUCACCAGCCCAGGCGCUUGCACAAACAACGCUUCACCCAAACCCAGACCACCCGUCCGGUAAGUGAAGUGUGCGCCUGCGCCUGGGCUGGAGGCUUGGAGACUAGGCGGUGCUCUCCUCCCUCCCAAUUUAGUUUUCCUUCCCAGUUCCUGGGAGGGUGUUUGUUGUUGGGGGAGGGGGAGGAGAGAUGAAGAGGAGCCGCCUGUUAUCAGUUAGCUGGAGUCUUAGGUCACAAACAUUCCUGGCCUGUUUUAUCCUUGUAAGUAAUACCUUUCAGUAGAAAUGCUACCACAGAUAGUCCCAGUUUCCAGAUCUGUUCCCCCUCAGGUUUAUCACUUUCUGGGCCGUGACCUUCAUGACCUUCAGUUGUUUGUUGUAACAUUAUCCCCAUUGAUAUAUUGGUAUAUAUUUUUGAGACUUCAGCCCUUGUCCUUUUUAAGAACUGUGUUCACAGUGCAGUCAGUCUCCCAUACAAAACACUUAUCCUAUAAAACACUAUGUCAAUCACAUUUUCUAGUUGAGUAGUUGCAUUUCCAUGUGUUUUUUUGAAACCCCCCAAAAAUGAACUUUAAAAUGGAAGUUGUUAGUAAACCCCGAAUUUGAUGUGAUGCCAGUCGGAGUGUUUGUCUUGCUUGACUCUCAGUCCCCUCAGCCUGGGCGGGGCCGGGGGCAGGUGGCCAGGACCCUGGCCUGGCCCCCUUUGCAUCCUGAUGUGUGGACCUGUGUGUGCUCGUAUGAAUACGUGCGUGUAAAGUUUGAUUUCUAACUUUUGGAUUCCCAACUGGAACCCCUCCUACUAUGACAUGAAUUCCUCACCAGAUGAAGGCCAGAAUGUUCUGACAGUUUUAGCCAGAGAUUGACUUUUUAGUAGGAACUUAGCUCUUAGCUGAAUGCCUUUAGGGUGUUUCCCAGAUUUAUCUCCUUGGGACCAAAGCAAAGUGUCUUCCACUGGUCAACUCUGUUUCAAAACCUGGUCCAUCAGAUGGUGUUAAUCUAUCCCUGUUUACAGAAUCAUUGUUUGACAUUUACACUUGUUAAGCCCCAUGGGUACCAUACCCGUGCUUACUUUAGAUAGAUGGGAGCGUGAAAAGAAAGCUGGUGGGGAAGAUUUAGGGAAAAGGAAGGAAGCCAGCCAUGAGUGAUCAAUGCGGGUUAGUCCCAAAAUACUGACAGAACUUUCCAUUUUGUUUUGUUUUUUGUUUUUUUGCGGUACACGGGCCUCUCACCGCUGCGGCCUCUCCCGCUGCGGAGCACAGGCUCCGGACGCGCAGGCUCAGCGGCCACGGCUCACGGGCCCAGCCACUCCGCGGCAUGUGGGGAUCCUCCCGGACCGGGGCACGAACCCACGUCCCCUGCAUUGGCAGGCGGACUCUCAACCACUGUGCCACCAGGGAAGCCCGGAACUUUCCAUUUUGACAUUUGGAAACAUCCAGAGGUCUUGUUAGACAGUAAUGGCUUUUGUCUCUAAACCUAUUCCUGCCAUUGGGAGGGAAGAUGUCUUAAUUUUAUAAACAAGUGGCACCUCCAGGGUGAGAUUAAUCCAGGGUCGGGCCCUUGGAGGCGACCUUCACCCUGAAACUUUGUGGAGAGGACUUUGGGAGAAAUGCCUCUGGGCCGAGUGUCCGGACUGAGUGUCCAGGCUGCCGCAGCCCACCCUGUCCCCUCCCCCAACUGCAUCCUGGAGAUCUGUCUCCUGGCCUUAUGGUUUUCCUUUGGGUUUUUAAAAGGGGAACAUAUGUGCUCCUGUUUUUGUUCCCUUUCUGCUACCAGGGUUCACUCCUUUAGUUUCCUUAGGCAAUUCUAGCAAAAAUCUUGAGUGAAAGAUGGACGGUGAUAUACUAGCCAAGGAGGCAGCUGGAAAGUCUCCCGAUUUGGCUGUUGUGUUCUGAAGCCCCACCCCCUCUGCAUCCCUGAUGUGGGUACCAAUUCAGGUGCCUUUGAGAUGUCUUCCGACUUGGAAAAGCACUGCCCGCUCCUAGCUGCUUGGGUCUGAACCUCAUUCCAGACAGCAAGUGGCAGGAUGGCGGAGCUGUUCUGGCCAAUUAAGGCUGGCUGUUAUUUUUUAGAGCCUUGCAGUUGGUUCCUUGGAGCGUGUCCACAGCUUUUGCUUUGGGGAGGAAUUGAGUCGGCAGGAGGAAGGCAAGGACGUGGCCCAGCCCCAGGAACUAAGAUGAAAACAGACUAACUCGCAGUCACCUUCUCAGUAAGUAUUUAUUAAAUCCCUUCUGUGUGCCUGGCGCUCGCGUACUUACUAACAGGACAGAAGGAAAAAUACGACUUUGUCUGCAGACUUCACAGUAAAGGGAGAAAAACAGGGCAGAAACGCUGCACGAGAGCAACAUAUGAGCAGAACGCAGUGCUGAGCUGCCAUGGUGGGUCAGGAGAGACGCCGGCGCAGGGCCAGACCCUGAGGGGCAGGGUCUCAGGCCCUCUCAGGCCUGUUCCGUUCUGUCUCCUCUGAGCCCUGUUCUGGCUUGAGUCCCUCUCUCCCCUUUCACCCCGGCUCUGCUCCCGGCCAGGCUGAACUGCAGUGAAGGUGACACAGUGCAGAAAACAGCCUCUGGAAGUGAUCCCCAAGGCGCAGGGGUGGAGCUGGCCUUGGGAGGAGUCCUGUGUGUCCCUUGGCCCAGGGAGGGGGCUCCAGUGUGGCUCUGGGCUGCAGCACUGCCCGGGGCUUCGUUAGAAGUGCGGAUUCCGGCUUCCUGUCCCAGACCUGAGAAAUCACAGCGAGCUGGGCCUCAGCCAGCACCUGUGGGCCUGAGGCAGGGUGCCGAGUGCGCGUGGCUUCAGGGCUGAUGAGCCCUUCGCCGCCCCUGCAUCCCCGGCCCUGCCCUCCUGACACCUGCCCCCGUUUGCCUGUCUCUGCUUCGAGUCCCACCCUUGGACUGGUGGGUGCUUUGGGGUCUAAACCCAGCAGACCUGCUGUCCAGUCCUUUCUGCCGUCCAUCCGUUUACUCCCCGUGGCGUCUCCCGCCGCUGCUGUUGUGAUUGAUCCAACAAAUUUUAGUGACCUUAUGUUCGGCCUUGCAAUGCCCUAGACCAGUGGUUGCCAAUCUAGGCCACCCAUUAGGGGUUUAAAAACCUGGACUUAAAAAAACCAGAUGCCUGGGCCCUCCCCACAGUUUUUCCCUGGUCUGGGGCGCAGCCUUGGCACCGGGGUUUUUCAGAGCUCUCCUGGUGACCUUUGUGCCGUCAGCAUUGCAAACCACUCCCCACAACUUGCAGCUUCGGUGUGCACAGGAAUCCUGUGAGGGCUCAUUAAGAUCAGACCCUGGACCCUGGGUUGGAACGUCCCGAGGUCCAUGGGGCCGGACUGUCCUCGCUCCACCCCCCACCCCCCGCAAGUCCUCUGACCACACCCAUCUCCUCCCCUGGGUCCCCUCCCCAUAAACGUUGCCCCAGUCUCCUCUCUUUACCUUCAUCCCAACUCAUCCCAGCUCUUCACCUGGCAUUUUUCUCCUGGCAUCUGGCUCCUCCUUCCCUUCCUGGAGGUGGGGACUGAGCUGCUGCCUUGGCCACACCUACCUCACAGCCCUCUGCUCCUUCGUGGCCCCUGGCAGUGCAUCAGCCCCUCCCGGAAGGGCCCAGGCCUGUCCCACUGCCGCAUCUCACCCCACUCCCACCCCUUCUCCUCUGGACGCCUCCUCCAGACGACCAGACUUUUUUACCUGUAACCUCAGUUGUCACUGCAGCCGACUGGCGCUUCCAUCAAUUCUGAGACGCUGAUCCCCUUUCCAAAUUCCUGUUGGACUUUGACACCCAUGUGUCCUGCUGCUGUUUGGUAAUUUUUCGUUUGCCAGUGUUUUAAAUUCCUCAAUUAGUAAACAAUUGGCAAUUUUAUUUCCAGACUUUAUUUCCUACACCUUGUAUAUUGUUUAUAAAACCCUUUCUUAACCAUUUUACUGUAAUUCACAUUAAUGUGGACACCUUCCUCCGCUCCCCAGUGCCCCCCAUUCAUGUUUAAAUGUAAUUUAAGACCUUCAUUACUCACCUCUUGUUUUGCUUCUUAUUGUAAAAUACACAUAAAUCUUACCAUUUUCACCAUUGGUAAGUGCGUGCUGCAGUUGCAUCGAGGAUACUCACAUCAUCAUGCAACCACUACACCAUCCAGCCCCAGAAGUUUUUUAUCCCAAACUGAAACUCUGUCCCCAUUACACGCUAACCCCCCACCCUUGGUAACCACUUUUACUACUCUGUGCCUGUGAUCCUGACUGAUGCGGUUUCCUCGGGUUAGUGGGAUCACGCAGCACCUGUCCUGUGUCUGGCUUAUUUCACUGAGCGCAGCGCCCUCCCAGUGCAUGCGUGUCAUAGCAGGUGCUAGAAGCUCUGCCCUUUUCAGUCCGAGUGACACUCCACUGUGUGGAUGGACGACAUCGUGUUUAUGCACCACCCGUCGAUGGGUGUUUGGGUUGUUCCCCUUUCUGGCUACUGUGAAUAAUGCUGCAGUGAACAUGGUGCACAGUUAAUGUCCGAGGCUCUGCUUUCAAAUCUGGGUGCACACCCAGGGGUGAAAGUGCUGGGUCAUAAGGUAACGCAGGUUUUAACUUCGUGUGGGGCUGCCAUCCUGUUUCCCACGGAUGCGGUACCACUUCACGUUCCCACCCACAGGGCGCCAGGCCUAGCCAGUAGCUCCAGCUCUGUCUGUAGCACCCUAGCUGGUGUGCGAUGGUGUCUCUUCUGUGGCGAUGCUUUAAGUUCAUGCCAACAGCCAGGCUUUUCUCUCUGCCCCCGUGUCCUCACCGCCGCAGCCCUCCUGAUGCCCCUCCUGCUGGUUGGGGGUUCACACAUGGCAUCUGGCCAUGCUGCUGCUUCACAGAAAGCAUUCGCAUCCCUUCCCUCCCACUGCAGGUUCUCCUGCCUCUUCCUGGAUUAUCGUAAUGUCCUUGGCCUGUGCCCUCUGGACCCAGCUUCACACCCUGUGUCAGCAUCCACUGCCACCAGGAAGGGGAGGGACAGUACCAUUAAGUGGACGCCUCGUAUGUGCCAGGUGCUGUGCCAGGUUCUCUACGUCGGAGUAUGUCUCAUAGUUGAGGAAACAGGCACAGAGAAGUUAAGUAACUUGCUUAAGGUCACACAGCUAGUGAGUGGUAAAUGAGAUCAUGCAGCUCGUAAGCAGCCUGACUGCAAAGCCUACUCUGCCCCGCUGCCCUGCGUGGUCCUCAGCAAGGCUGUGACGUGGAGACGAGACGCACUGAGUGAGAUCACUUGGCUAAAGCGGGGGGUGCUGACUUGAGCAACAAGUCCCCUGCGUCCGGAGCCGCAGCCUGACCGCUCGGGAAGCUGGUCUUUAAGACCAUCACAUUCCUCUCUAAAGCUUUCCAGCCCCUGAGUUGGAAGAAUCCUUAGGGCAGCACUGAGUUCCCAGCUCAGCUGUGAUGUUCUUCAAAGUGCAGGGACCUUGCAAACCAGCCUGCAGCGCCCUCUCCCCCUAAACGGACAGAAGGUAUCCGUGCGGAGAGAGCACCGGAACAGGCCUGCAGGCCGGUGCUGUUCGUCCUCCUCCCUGAACUCCAGGCCUCUGGGGAGGUGGGGCUGCCCCCCCCCCCCCGCCCCCUGCCCCCGAGUAAUAGCCUCUGGGGCUUCGUUCAAGCCCGCCUGUUGGAGAAACAGGAGAGGAGAUGGCUCCGGGUGAAGGGGCUGCUGUAGGCAAGUGGGGGUCUCGCAAAGCAGCCGUCCCACAGCGGGCGGGGAUCUGGCCUCUAUCGAGGGCGUAGAGAGGCAGAAGCUUCGGCUGAAGGUGGGUGACUGUCCACGUCGAGCUUAGAGUGAGGAGGAGAGGAGCUGCUUCUGCCAGACAGGAGGCUGUGGCACGGCCUCGUCUCCUUUGCUGCACGGGCACCGUACGCACGUGGAAGUGCAGUGCCCUGGGGGCUGCAGCGCCAGAGCUCCAAUCCUGGAGGCCUCCAGUAGGUGGUCAGGGCCUCGCAUGCUUGGGGAGCCAAGGGCCGUGGGAGGGGGCACAGGAUGGGGCUCGGGGCACUCCCCCAGGCCAAGCAUCUGGAUGGGAUGCCAGCCGCGGACUGUGGCUGGAGCCCUGGGUUGGGCCUGUACCUGGGUGUCAGGUGGGCCCGCAGAGGCCAAGGUGGGAGCGGCUGAAAGGGCCGAUGCGGGGAGCAGAGGCCCAAAGGACCUCUGUCCCAUCAGGGGGACAGUGAGUGGGGGGCUCAAGGGUGGCACGGUGCGGGGGUGCCAUAAGGUGGACCCCAGGCAGGGUCAGGGUCCUGGGAGCAGCAGGUUGGGUGCCGGGCGGAGGCCGGGAGCUGGCCUCUGGGCAGCAUUUCUACCCAUGAAGAGGGGCUUGUUUCCCCCCAGCCUACUGUGGACCAGUAAUUUUGUGAGAUACAGCAAAAAUGGAUUACUAGAAAAAUAGAAUUAAAAAAACAAAAGCGCACAUCUUUGUUAGAUUCUAAAACAUGAAAUUACUCAAGGUGCCAUAAUGGUUUCUCAGCACUGACCCAGUUUCUGUUUGAGUCCCCGCCCAGCAUGUGCGGGGCCCUGUUUUUCGGAGGAAGCGUGAAGGCAUAGACUGCUUGGCUUUGGGGACGGGAGGGAGAGGCCACCAGGGGCUGGGGGGUUGGGUGUUGAGUGGCAGGGAAUGACCAGAAGGCGGGGAGGAUGCUGACGGGGGAGCCGGGCAGCUCACACAGGCGGUGUGCGGAGGGAGGGGUGUUCUAGGGCACUGGGAUCCAGCGACACAGGUCCCAGGAGGGUGGGGGGCCUUGCAAGUCAAAGGGGUGAAAGGUUCUCGUGAGGGAGGCGCCUGCACCCGGGCGGCCUUGUCCCUGCAGUGCACACUGAGCCCCUGGGUGCCUCAGGCCUGCUUUCUGGAAGAAUUGCCCUUGCCUGGGGCCGGGGUGGGGGGGGGCUGCUUUUGUUCUCAGCUGAGUUCCCCCUGCACACGGCAGGCACCCAACAAGCUCUGGCAGAGCGGCAGGCACCCAACAAGCUCUGGCAGAGCGGCAGGCACCCAACAAGCUCUGGCAGAGCGGCAGGUACCCAACAAGCUCUGGCAGAGCGGCAGGCACUCGGGCCUCGGUCGCCCUGGGCUGAGCAUCUGUGCGACGUGACUCCAGGGCAGCCUGGCUGCCGGUUUUCUUUCUGCUGACUGUUGAGAAUCCACUCACCACCCACAAACCUUGCCUUCACGGCUCGAGGGCGAUGCCAGGCCAUAGCACCUGGCAUGUGGCUGGGGACGUGGGCCCGUCGUCUGGUGGAGGGGCACCUGCAGCUCCACUGGCCCUGGGAUCCGGGUGCCCUUGGUUUUUCUGGCUUCUUCUAGGUACCUCUGUUCCAGUGGGCAGUGAACCACAAUUUAUAAACGAGUAAUUUAGUUCCACAAACAGCAGGGGAUACGGCUGCAAGAUUCUCAGUUAUUUGAAUGUCUGCAUUCCGACAGGAAGGGUUUUCCGUGCGGCCCGUCGUUUCCUGCAGCUGGAAUUCAACACGUCCUCUCCACAGCUUAGCAAGCGUCUGGAAGGACGGCCAGGACACGAAUCUCCUGGCCUUAGGGCUCCUAAGGCUGCAGUCUGGCGCCGGCCCCCUCCUCUCCCCAACUCCAGGCCCGGGUCUGCGGUUGGCAGAUGCUCAGUCCCUUUGCUGAUGUCGGGGAUGAUGAAGGCUCUGGGGCCGGAGCACUGCAAACCAGUGCUAAUGACCUCGUUUGCUGAGGGAUCCUGAGGGCAGGGAUCGAGCAUCCCCCCCACCAGUCUCCUCCAGCCCUGUUCCUCCCACAGACCCAGUUUCCCAUGUUGCCAGCGCUCAGACCUGGUGCCUGCAGCCUCCCUGUCCCAGCUCCGACCCCCCCCCCCCCCGCCCACCUUCCCGUGCAGCCUGGAUCCUCUCUGUCCGCCCUCACCUCUGACCUUCGCCAUCUGCUCUCCACGCAGCGGCCGGUCGUCCCGUCACCUUGAGACUCAGCACUCUUCAGUGGACUCUUUCAGAAGAAAAGCCAAAGGCAAGAGGCCUCAGGAGGUCAGGCCUCGGCCCCGCCACCUCCGUGACUCGGUGUCCCUGCUCGCAGGGACGGCGCCUGCCCCACUGGAUGCUCUUCCCGGACACCCGCAGCCCUCGCCCUCAUGCCCUCUGGGGCCUCAGGUCGCCUUUUCCCCGUCCCGGAGUCUCCGCCUUCCCUGCUGCGUCUUUCUGGGCAGAGGCAGGUCACUGGCUGUCCCCCAGGAUUUGCUUUGGCUACCGCCUGUCUCCUUCUUCACGUGCGGCUCCUGAUAACCAGCGUUCUCGCCCGGACCUGGGGCACCCAGCGCCUAGCACUCAGUCCAUUUUUCCCGAAAGGGACAAUACACACCAAGAGAGAUGCUGAUCUCUUUUCUUCCCCAAAACAAAAUCGCUGGAGACGCUUGAGCCGUGUCGGCUGCCCGGGAACGAGGACGGGCCUUCCAGAUGCUGGGACUCCCAGCGCCAGCAUCCUCACCCGCUUUCUUCUGACCUUUUGAUCCCAAGGCCCAAGAGGUCCAGGAAGAGAGCGGACUGAGCACGUGGGCAGCUGGCACGGGUUCCCAGGCGACUGACCUCCCCCUGCUCUGGAGCCGCGGCCCUGGGAGCUUCCCGACGAUCUCCGACCAGGAUUUGAGGUGAACGGCUUCCCUUCCCGGUCCCAAGGAGAGCAUCUGUCCCCCGGUGCCCUGGACGCCAUGGAACUGGUAAUUGUUGGCCCUGCAUCUUCUCAGGCUGCAAAACUUAAGUCACAGUCUGUUUGUUGCCUCAGUUUCUGGCUUGUUUAUCAAGGUCCACUCCUGAGAAAAACGUCCUGUUAUCCUCUCUCAGGUAAUCUGCCUCCAAGGAUCUGCCUCUGCCUGAGACAGAGGGACUCUGUGCUAGGUUCCGAGGAGCCUUGUUUUCCAUUUUCAGUCUCCCAAACUCAAGGACGAGGGACCUCACGAUGUAUAUAGUGUGACUUUCUUUCCUUUUGGCCACAAUCAGAUCAUCUCAAGCUCUAACCCUGGUUCUCUUCCUUUAUCAGAAGCGUGUGUUCUUAUUGUU